AUGAUCUUCUUUUCGAAGGUUCUCCUCGUCAUUGGGAUGGUCUUUGCCAUCGUUCUGACUCAGGAACUCAACUUCCAAAAUUCCCAAUUGACUACGACUACUACAGUCAGACCACGCCCUGACAUUGUUUUCUGCGAUUCGAAGGUCAUGGCAACCAACGUAAUAACCAUGUUUAACAAAGACGUCUUCGAUCGGAACGAAACUGCCUUUGAGUGGCGUUUCGUUCCAGAGUUCAAGUUCACAGGAUGUCUCGAUACCUACGGCAAAGACGAAGUCGUCCAGAAAAUUGCUGCUGUUCCGCGGAAGGUAAACUUGGUAGCGGUAUACGAAGACGUCCGGUGUGAUGAAUGGUAUCAUAUGAUGAUACUCAACGUUACCGUAUAUGGAAUACUUCACAGUCCAAUGCUGACGGAGAUCGUGGUAAAUCCCCUAUACCAUGAAAUCAAAAAUGGUCGAAUUUUGGAUUGUAUUCAUUUGAUUUAA